AUGACAUCUCAUAGAAGUGGUUCCAACACCUCUGGGAUUUCAGAGUUCCUCUUGAAUUGUUUUGUAAGGUCCCCACGCUGGCAGCUCUGGCUGUCCCUGCCCCUAAGCCUCCUCUUCCUCCUGGCCAUGGGGGCCAAUGCGAUUCUCCUCAUCACCAUCCGGCUGGAGGCCUCUCUUCAUCAACCCAUGUAUUAUCUACUCAGCCUCCUCUCCCUGCUGGACAUUGUGCUCUGUCUCACUGUCAUCCCCAAGGUCCUGGUCAUCUUCUGGUUUGACCUCAGAUCAAUCAGCUUUGUUGCUUGCUUCCUCCAGAUGUACAUCAUGAAUUGCUUUCUGGGUAUGGAGUCCUGCACAUUCAUGAUCAUGGCCUAUGACCGCUAUGUUGCCAUCUGCCACCCACUGCGGUACCCAUCGAUCAUCACUGACCAAUUUGUGAUCAAGGCUGCCAUUUUUGUUUUGGCCAGAAAUGCCAUUAUUACUGUAUCUGUUCCUAUACUCUCUGCUCGACUCCAUUAUUGUGGGAGAAAUGUCAUUGAGAAUUGCAUUUGCGCCAACAUGUCUGUUUCAAGGCUCUCCUGUGAUGAUGUCACCAUCAAUCGCCUCCUUCAAUUUGUUGGUGGUUGGACUCUGCUGGGAUCGGACCUCAUCCUUAUCUUCCUCUCCUACACGCUCAUACUUCGAGCUGUGCUGAGACUCAAGGCAGAGGCAGCUGUGGCCAAAGCCCUAAGCACAUGUGGCUCCCACUUCAUCCUCAUCCUCUUCUUCAGCACCAUCCUCCUGGUCUUUGUCCUCACUCACGUGGCUAAAAAGAAAGUCUCCCCCGAUGUGCCAAUCUUGCUCAAUGUCCUCCAUCAUGUCAUCCCUGCAGCCCUCAACCCCAUUGUUUAUGGGGUGCGCACCCAAGAGAUCAAGCAAGGAAUUAAAAAAUUACUGAAGAAAGGGUCGUAA